AUGUGCCGCGGAUGCACCCAAGAUCGAUCUCCUGUUACCGUCCCGGCUAGCCUUACAAAGCCUGCUGGACGAGCUGCUGCCUUUCGCAAGCGCAGCAUGGCACAACGAACCGUCACCAGUAUUGAAUCCGAAAUUGAACUCUUCAUGAGCAAAUGCUCCUUAUUGGCUUCCUUCGAAGAUGAAGAAUCUUGCGUCGCCAAGUUUCAUCGCAGUGAAAUAGAAGUUGGUGAACUUCUGGGGAAGGGUGCCUUCUCGGAAGUGUAUCAAGUCAAGGCUGUGAACCCAUGUUUCGAACACGAAUCAGAAGACGAAGAGAACCUUCGAUGUGUGGUCCACCAAGCCUGCGAAGCCCAAUGCAACGACGAUGCCGAUCAAUUCAUUGUCAAGCAUCUUCGACCAGAGCUUCUGACGCAGCGAACAGCCUUUAACAAUGCUGCUGCGGAUCUGGUACUCGAAGCCAAGUUCUUGGCUGCUCUGGAACAUCCCAACAUUAUCAAGAUCCAUGGUUGGGCAGCCAACGGCGCCUCAAGCUAUAAUGAUGGAAGCCACGACGGAUUCUUCAUCAUCCUGGAACAGCUGGACGACAUACUGUCAACCCGCAUCUCUCGAUGGAGAAGGGAUCCUUCCUGUGCACCUUCACUGGAGCAACGAUUGGAGUACGCUACACAGAUUGCCUGUGCUCUGCAGUACCUGCAUUCCGAGAAUAUCAUCUACAGAGACCUCAAGUGUGAUAACAUUGGCUUUAAAGAUGGAGCUAUUCGGCUCUUUGAUCUUGGUCUAUGCCGAGAGCUUCCCGAGAAUUCCUCUCGAGAUGAUAAGUUCCUCAUGUCCGGUGUCGGUACUCUCCGAUACGUGGCACCCGAAAUCGUGUUGGGUACCGGAUACAACUUGGGAGCUGAUGUUUACAGCUUUUCCAUUGUAUUAUAUGAGCUUUUGGCUCUUGCCAAGCCUUUUGAUUUGUACAAUAUUGGCAUGUACAAGAUGCUCGUCUGUGAAGAUGGAGAACGUCCACAACUGGAUGCCUCGUCGUUCUUGCCGCAAGAGCUACAAACCCUAAUAACCAGCAUGUGGGAUACAGAAUCAUCGCGGCGUCCUACCAUGGAUCAAAUCCACUCGCAGCUAUAUGAUAUUCAAAACAAGGCAUCACCUGGAGCUCUCAAGAGCUUGUUUUCAUUUCCAAAACGCUUGGUUCGAAUGGCCACAGGAAGCUUUUCCGAAGGAACUUCCACUACUGUUACAUCAGCUGCUUCGUUAAAUAAAUAG